CUCAGGCCAUAUAUGCAGGGACGGGAUUUCCUACCAUGGGUGAAGGAGUUGCCAAAGAACUUGCAGAGAAAGCAAGUGUAAACGUUAACCUGCCAAACGAAUACUUGCAACGUGCCACGCGUUGAUUUUGGUACAAGGUUACAUAAACACCGACUCUCCAGACCAAGGUCUGACUACGGGAGCAUCACCCGAAAAUUCUCAUCGGCCUGAGUGCAAGUUUUAUCUAGAUUUCUUGUAUGUCCUCUGAAGUCAUGCAUGUACGUUUAUUGUAUAACGCAAGAAAAACCAAGUCUACAAGGAAGAAUAGUGAAUUCAUGCACCGUUGGCAUAAAUCUUCCCGCAGUUGGCUUUCUGCCUGAACCCAUUCAGCAACGGCACCACCCUCACUUUUCCAAUCCAACUGGUCCAAUCUUUCAGGAUCUCCAUCCAUCUCCUUUCGCGUAUCUCCUCGAUCGUCCAAUCAUAAUACCCAGGCAGGCAAAACUGGAGCAUAAUAUGUCCCAUACGUUCCGAUCCACGUACUAUGAAUUGAGUGAAUGGGCAUCCGGGUAUCUAUAUAGGUCGGUUCGAGUCCCUGUGGUUUCUGUGGUGAUCGUGCUGGAGUGCCUGAGUGCGCCAUCACGAUCACGGUACUACUUACUACCAAGUAGCGGGGCACCUACCUGGGAAACGAAGUGCAUGUACAAGCACACAUUCAGGUACGGAUCUGUCGAUUCGGGACUAAGCCCUGUCGCAACUUACCCCUUAAAUGCGAAUCUUGUCACCUUGUACUCCCUCAACCUGGCAAGGCCACGCGAAAGGUACCCGUUUUCUCCGUCGAAGUUGUAUGGCGCUACAACAUGACAGCGCAUAUCCUGGACCAGCACGAGGAGUCUUGGAGGACGUUGUUCUAGACAUAGAGAGGGACUUCCAUUGCCGACAAAGUCGGCACACUCCAGCGUUUGUCGCGUAAUCUUUCCAUAUAUCUCUAGCAUGGAUGCAAUCCUAGCCAAUCCUUAAUAAAGCAUAGACUUCCGAGAUCUUCGAGAGCAGACGGGACGCAGCAUCAUUCCAGUUCGUCCGAUUGAGCAUCAUCUAUCGCCCCUAGUGGUUCCGUCGAG